CAUUAUUGUGAGUUUGUUCUUCAGAUCAUCAUGCCUGAACCAGCUAAAUCCGCACCGAAGAAAGGAUCCAAGAAGGCCGUCACAAAGACCGCCGGUAAGGGAGGAAAGAAGCGCAGGAAGUCCAGGAAGGAGAGUUACGCUAUCUACGUGUAUAAAGUCCUGAAACAGGUUCAUCCUGACACCGGGAUCUCUUCCAAGGCGAUGGGAAUCAUGAACUCUUUCGUCAACGACAUCUUCGAGCGCAUCGGCGGUGAAGCGUCUCGUCUCGCUCACUACAACAAGCGCUCCACCAUCACAUCGAGAGAGAUCCAGACCGCCGUGCGUCUGCUGCUGCCCGGUGAACUGGCCAAACACGCCGUGUCUGAGGGCACAAAGGCCGUCACCAAAUACACCAGCUCCAAAUAGAGCAGACACUAAAGGACAAGGGGUUGGUACAAGACACAAGACUGUCAUGGAAAAAACAAUCAGAUGGG